AUGUUUGCCGAUGACACAAAUGUUUCAAUCAAUGGCAAAACAAAUGACGAACUACAAGAACGCAUUAACGUGGACUUAGAAAAUAUACACCAAUGGUUACUUGCAAACAAACUUACACUUAACAAAGAUAAAACUGAAUACAUGAUUAUUGGUUCAAGACAACAAAUUUCAAACUUAGUACUAACGGACCCUAAAAUUGAGCUUGGUGAAUCAGUCAUUAAACAGGUUCACAAAUCAAAAGCUUUAGGC